AUGAAGACUGUGAUGAAGAAGAGGUUUGUUCCUAUUCACUAUGGGCGAGAUCUUCACCAGAAAUUGAGAAGGCUUUCUCAAGGAGCCAAGAGUGUAGAAGACUAUCACCAGGAGAUGGAGACACUCAUCUUGAAAGCUGACUUGAUUGAGGGUGCUAACGCAACUAUGGCUAGGUUCCAAGGAGGGUUAAACAGAGAUAUACAAGACAGAUUAGAGCUACAAGAGUAUGAGGACAUGGAUGAGCUAUUGCACAAAGCUUUUCUGAUUGAGCAGGAAAACAAGAGGAAGAGUUCAGCCAAAACUCCAUACGGCUCUGCUGCAAAAUCAGUGUACUCCAAGAAUGAUAAGUCAUCUGAUAAGCCAAAGGAAGGAUCUUCAUCAGUGGAAGCAAGGCGAGAUGACAAGGGCAAAGAACCAGCAACAGCCACUAGGUCCAGGAAUGUCAGAUGCUUCAAGUGUCAUGGGAUUGGGCAUUAUGCCAAUGAUUGUACCAACAAGAAGGUGAUGAUAAUCCUAGCCAAUGGAGAUGUGGUUUCUGAAGAUGAAAAAUCCGACCAGGAGUCUGAGGAUGAGGGCGUGGAGUAUCCUGUCCGAGGAGUGUUGCUAGUCACCAGGAGACUCCUCAAUGCUCAACCUAAAGCCAAAAAGGAUGAGCAAAGAGAGAACCUGUUUCACACCAGAUGCUUAAUCCAUGACAAAGUUUGCAGCUUGAUCAUUGAUGGAGGAAGCUGUACCAAUGUAGCAAGUGAAGAAAUGGUGGAGAAAUUGGGUCUUGAGGUGUAUAAGCAUCCUAAGCCAUACCUCUUGCAAUGGCUCAAUGAAGAGGGAGGCCUAAAGAUCAAUAAGCAAGUGAAAGUCUUACUGUCAGUGGGGAGAUAUCAGGAUAAGAUCACUUGUGAUGUGGUGCCUCUUGAAGCUAACCACAUUAUACUUGGUUGCCCGUGGCAGUUUGACAAGAGGGCAGUACAUGAUGGCUUCACCAACAGACACACCUUCACUCACAAGGAGAAGCAGAUCACGCUGGUAAGUAAGAUGAACCUCUUUGCUACUGUUAAAGAUAUCAAAACUGCUAUGCUUGAACAACCAAAUCUGAUAUUAGUAGUUUACAAGGAGUUGUUGAUGUCUUCUACUAACACUGACCCUGUGAUUCCAGAAGAGAUUGAGUGUCUUUUGCAGGAGUAUAGGGAUGUCUUUCAAGAGGAUAAUCCAGUUGGCUUACCACCCAUUAGAGGUAUUAAACAUCAAAUUGACUUUGUACCAGGAGCUUCCAUUCCAAACCGGCCAGCAUACAUGACAAACCCUGUUGAGACAAAGGAGCUCCAGAAACAAGUCAAUGAACUCUUGGAGAAAGGCCACAUCAGGGAAAGCUUGAGUCCUUGUGCUGUACAUGUGCUACUGGUGCCUAAGAAAGAUGGGAGCUGGCACAUGUGUGUGGACUUCAGAUCCAUCAACAACAUCACAGUUAAGUACAGACAUCCUAUCCCACGCUUAGAUGAUAUGCUAGAUGAGUUACAUGGUUUAUGUGUCUUUUCUAAAAUUGAUUUAAAGAGUGAUUACCACCAGAUUAGAAUGAAAGAAGGAGAUGAGUGGAAAACUGCUUUUAAAACUAAGCUAGGAUUGUAUGAAUGGCUUGUCAUGCCUUUUGGCCUUACUAAUGCACCUAGUACAUUCAUGAGGUUAAUGAACCAUGUCUUGAGAGCACUGAUAGGUCGAUUUGUUGUGGUGUAUUUUGAUGAUAUACUGAUUUAUAGCAAGACCAUGAAAGAACAUGUUGAUCAUUUGAGACAACUGUUAGAUGUGCUUAGGCAAGAGAAUCUGUAUGCUAACUUUAAGAAAUGA